AUGGCAGGCUCCCAUGCGCCAGGCCUCGUGGGAAGCGUCGGCGCCCCCUUCACGCUCAGGUAUAGACAGCCACCUCUUUCUACCACAACAGCAACUCUGAAGACAACUUGCAACGGGCUGAGGCUGAUUCAAUUGGUGGUGGGGGAAAUACAGGCACUAGCUCGACCGUCCAGAGAGAACCCGAGUCCAACGCCUUUGCCUCUCAAUUCGAUGAACGACGAUGCUAACUGUGACGGGUUGAACCAUGAAGAGGUGGAGCGAGCCAUCGAUAACCUGUCCAAAAGCGGGAAGACCUUUGGAGGUCUGCCUCGUCGGGACUCGAUGCCGAUGAUGAUGGGUCGACCUUAUGAUUUCACCGAUCCCCGUGCUAUGGGCCCAAUGGCAGCGUCCCGUCACCAUUCAAUUGGCGACUACGAUGCCAUGCGUCCGCACUCGGCCUCGAACCUGCAGGGCUUCUACGCCGCUCAACGCUUCCAGGGCCGUCCGAACGAGACCGAACAGAUGAUCCAGGCAAAGCGUCGACUGGCUGCCCAGCGCGAGAGAGAGCUACGCAACUACCACCAAGAACAGCAAUACAAUCGAAGUACCUAUCCAACCAACCCUUACAUCUCGGACCUACUUCUUCUUCUUCUUCUUCUUCACUUUAUUUUAUUCCCUUUUUUUUGUAUAUUGCUUUUAUAUGGAUUUGUACUUAUCUUUGUUUUCCUUGGCUUUGUUUUCGACGGGAAAAAAGGCCUUCUCGCCGACAUCUCAGGGGACAAAUCCGACCGAUCCAUGAGCCCAGCGGCCAUGACCGAAGAGAGCCGCCGUGACUUGAUUGCCCGCCAGCACCGUGCUCUGUACGGCAACGACUCCGCCCUCCAGACCCCCAGUGCCGGUCCGGGCGACGACUCCCACUCGCAGGCCGCCGGCACCCCGACGACAGGCCUCCCCAGCGGCGGCCGCGGAGCCUCACCCCGAGGCGUCGACCCCUUUCUCGGCGGCCAGCCCCAUGCCGACAGCCAGACCCAGCAAGCCACAUCGGGAGCCAACGUGCCGUGCUCGGUAGCUCCUCGCACGCGCUCGCCUCCCUCAACGGCCUCUCCGCCCUCCAACACCAACCCGGGCUCGGCGGCGACGACGACGACGUACGGUGGUGUCUUUGAACCUAGCCAGCCACCCACCUCUUCCCCCACUGGCAAGGGAACGACUGACUCCUCCCCAUCCCGCGUAGGUCCCAUUGGCUCUCGUCCUGCCCAACCGCAGCAGCAGCAGCAGCAGCAGCAGCAGUCUCAGCAGCAGCAUCAACCUCAGCAGCAACAACAACAGCAGCAACCACCAACUAACCAGAGCCCCAACCCAUCUCUCAGCUUGCGUUCCACCACUCCUCUCCCUUCGCCGCUUAGCUACGGCUUCUCGCCCAACGAAGACGGCGGAAUCGGCAGUAGCACCACUGCCGCCGCCGCCACCAGUGCUACCGGCGGCGCCAACAACGGCAGCAACGGCAACAACGGCAGCGGGAACGGCACCGGCACGGACGCGGGAGCCGGCAGUGCAACCCAAUCGAGCUCCGCGGCAGCAACCAGCAGAUCUGCAUCGGGGAACAACAGCACCAGCCAGUCGAUGAAGGAGUCCUCCCCCACCGUCGGACUGGGCUGGGGAUGGCGAGGCAAGAACCAGCUCGGCGUCCAGGCUUCUGUCUGGGGAUGA